UCAGAGCCUCACCACUGGACACGAGAAAAAUAGAUUAUAGUUUGGGCUAAGUAACAUUUCUAUUUUUAAAUUUAAGAAUAUUAAACCCUUUUUACUUCUUUGAGAAACAAAAAAUUGAAUGCUACUGAAGAAAUUGCCUCCAGGAUGAGGAUGAGGAUGAGCGUGGGAAAGAGGAGGAUGCUCUACAUCUGGCUCCUGCUCAUCAGCCUCGGCUUAGUUAUGGUUGGGCUCUCUGAUCUAUUUCACCAAGAUCUGAUCCUUAAAAAACCAGGUUCCCUUCCUCAUCUUACCAGAAUACUUAGUCCAGGAGAUUUGGAGAUCCUGGUGGAAUCCCACGCCGCCGCCUCAGAGCUUGGGCUUACAUUGGCUCCAUUCAAAUCCUUUCAAGAGGAGCAGCUGCUGCUGGUGCCAUCCACAAUAAACUCAUCUAAGAGGAGGCAGAAUAAGGUGGCGGUUCUGCAUGGAGCGACAGAGAACACCGCUGGACUCAGACCACAGAGACACAGGGGAAAGGGAGAUGGUGUCCGGCGCUAUCUGGAGGGUUUACAAGGAGAUGGACAGAAAGCUUCCAUGCACCAACAAGGGGUCAGCGAGGGGCUCCCAGACAGGAUUUUCCUCCAUCGCAGUCUGCCGGAGAUGCGUCAUCCUGAGUGUUUGGGAGAGCAGUACAGUGAGUCUCUGCCAAAAGCCAGUGUAGUUAUCUGCAUCCAUGACGACUCCUGGGCUGCACUCCUGCGCACCGUGCACAGUGUUCUCGAAACCACACCUCGGGCAUAUCUGCAGGAGGUCCUGGUGGUGGAUGAUCAGAUCCUACAGGGUCACCCGAAGACUGUUCUGAGUGAGUAUGUGUCUCAUCUGGAUGGGGUGCGUUUGAUUCGCAGUACCAGACAUCUGGGGGUCUGCAGGUGCCGCACUGAGGGUGCAACCCAUGCAGUAGGGGAGGUCCUGGUAUUUAUGGACUCACACUGUGAAUGCCAAAAAGGUUGGCUGGAACCACUCCUGGAAAGAGUUGCACAGGACAGGACCAGAGUCGUCUCCCCCAUCAUGGAUGUAAUAGACUGGCAGACCUAUCAGUAUAAUGCCUCCCAGUGGCCAGUAAGAGGAGUGUUCGACUGGAGACUAGACUUUCACUGGGAAUCAAACCCUCAACUUCAUGGUGCAGACCUAGAGCUGGCUGUUGAACCUGUUCCGAGCCCAGCUUUAGGUGGAGAGGUGUUGGCCAUUAACAGAGAGUUUUUCCAAACUCUGGGAGCCUAUGAUCCAAAGAUACUGCAGUGGGGCCCCGGACAAACGGAGUUCUCAAUCAGGGUGUGGUCCUGUGGCGGCUCCAUGGAGGUGGUUCCUUGCUCUCGUGUGGCCCACUUAAUUCGCAAAGAUCUGCAAAGCAAUGUUCCUGACCCUGACGUUAUUCAGAGAAGCAAAAUCCAAGUUGCUGAUACCUGGAUGGACACUUUUUUUAGGAAGAUCUUCUACCGUAGGGACACGCUUGCUCAUUUCAUCAGGCAGUCUGAGAGGCCAAACAUCACUGAGAGUCUGCAGUUGAAGAGGAGUUUAGGUUGUAGGAGCUUUCGUUGGUUCCUAUCUACAGCCUUUCCUCAGCUCUACAUCCCUCAGGACAGGCCUGGACUGUCAGGCGAGUUAUACAAUGUGGGUACAGGCAGCUGUUUGGAUUAUACCACUGGGGAAGAGCAGCAGGGUGGAGCCAUGAAGAUAGCACCAUGCAGUGGAACAGUCAGCCAGCACUGCGAGCUAAACUCAAAUGGUGAAUUGCGAUGGGGGGCCAUGGGAUCCUUGUGUUUGGAUGUCAAAGGAGACAGGGUGGUCCUCUCUCAAUGCCCUGCUCAACGAUCUACAAAGAGCACACUGCAGUGGAAGUUUAAUAAGGUUACCUUCCAGCUUAUUCACCAAAAGUCUCAGUUGUGUGUAGAGGCUUUGGAAGAUGGAGGAACUGGUACCACGCCCAGUUUAGGAGGUGUGUUUCUUCGGCAGUAUUCAUAUCAUCCCAGACAACAGUGGCACUUUGAGCAACCUGUCGCUCCUUAAGGGAACCGAGGCACAAAGUCCAGGAGGUCCUCCCUGUGUAGAAGAUGUUAAACCUUGACACACCUGCCUGCAUUGGUGUACUGUGAAUGUUAAAAGCUGCAAGUAUUUUAAUGCCUUUCUACAUCACUUUUAUUUUUUUCAUAUGAGAACUUUGUACUUUUGUAAAAAAUAUUUGUCAAUUUAACUAUUCAAGACUCAUAACCACAUCGGUAAACUGUAAACACCACAAUCCUGAGCUAAAGAAUUAUGCAGCUCAAACAGUGU